AUGGGCAACUCCGUCAUGAAGAAUCACGGGUCAAAAUCGUCAUCGUCAAGUAAAGCUGUAUUUCAGGUGCUUUGUAAUGAACCUGCAUUAUUGGCCAGCAUCGCCACGGUGACAUGUGUGGUUAAACCGGCUAGUAGUUCUGCUUCUUCUUCCACCUCAGCACUCCAUUCAUCGUCUUUGCACGGUGUUCGGAGAUCAAGCCCAAACAUGGGUAUUGGAAGAAGUGCCUUUUGUCGGAAGUCGCUGACAAGAGGAGACAUCUCUACGCAGCCUGUGAUACGUGCUCGUGCUCCCAAAAUUGGAGACAUUCCAAGGCAUGGGAAGAUAGAUGAGGAUUCAAUCGCAGACAGUCCAUCCCAUCCACACAGCCAAUCAUCGGUGGUGGUCUCUAGUAACAGUUCUGCUCCAAAAUAUCAAAACAAUGCAACAGCAUGUAAUAGUAGCGACAAAGAUGAAAGGAAGUCAUCAAAUGUUACAUGUGACUCAGGGAAAGGAUCAAUGAUAGUAAACUCUAGCCCAGUAUUAGAGUGGCCAAUACUUGUGACUGGGAAACACAGUCAGAAAUACUCACAGAGUAGAACUAGUAAGGUUGGUAUUAGUGAACUGGAUACAGAAAAUGACAUGUCUGUUCCAUCGGUUGAGGAAGAUAUGGAUGACAAAUAUACCAUGCAAAGUACCAGUAAAAAUAAUGUCACACGAACUAGUAAUGUUUUAAACGUUUUGCCACCUUCACCGGAAUUAGAACCAAAAACAUUACACAUGGUUAAAAGUAUAAGCGCAGAUAACUGGUCUGCCUCGCAGAACACAGCUUUGAGGAUUACUCCACAUCUUAGCAUCAAUGACACAGGUGUCCUGCAAGAUGACAACAGACUCAGUGUCUCUGAUGACCACCUUUCAAUAAACAAACCAAAACUUUCUCGACCGAUUUUUCCAUCGCUUCCAUAUUCUCCAUAUGCAUCACCAUCAGUAUCACCAUCAGCAUCACCAAGGUUACGAAGACAACCAACAAAAGAGUCACAUAGUGUACAAAUAUCAUCUGGCACAGAAAAUUUCACUCAGCUUAACCAGUACAGACUGAAAAAUGAAAUUGGAAAAGGCUCUUAUGGAAUUGUUAAAUUAGCAUACAGUGAAGAAGAUGCAGUCAGCUAUGCAAUGAAAAUACUGUCAAAAAAGAAGUUGAUUAGAAAAGGUGGAUUUUCGAAGCCACCUCCUGCCAGGAAUGGCAAGCCAGUACCAAAGACGCCAUUAGAAAGAGUCUAUAGAGAAAUAGCAAUACUCAAGAAGUUAGAUCAUCCUAAUGUUGUACAUUUGGUGGAAGUCUUAGAUGACCCCAAUGAAGAUAACCUGUAUAUGGUAUUUGAAUUGGUCCCAAAUGGUCCUGUGAUCGACGUGCCAACAGAAAACCCUUUUAGUGAAGACCAAUCACGAAUAUAUCUCCAUGAUGCUAUACUAGGAAUUGAAUAUUUACAUUAUCAAAAAAUAAUUCAUCGAGAUAUCAAGCCAUCUAAUCUACUGCUGGGCAACGAUGGACAUAUAAAGAUUGCAGAUUUUGGCGUGAGUGAUGAGUUUGAUGGCGUUGAUGCAUUGUUGUCAAAUACGGCCGGUACCCCUGCAUUUAUGCCUCCUGAAACCCUACAGGAUCACUCAAAUAAAUACCAUGGUAAACCAUUAGAUAUAUGGUCACUAGGAGUAACCCUGUAUUGCUUCAUCUAUGGUCGUGUACCAUUCACAGAUAAUUUUAUUCUGGCUCUACAUCAGAAGAUAAAAACACAACCAGUAGAGUUCCCACCAGAGAGAGCUAUUAGCGAUUCUCUUAAAGAUCUUCUUUCCAGAAUGUUGGAAAAAGACCCAGUAAAGAGGAUAUCACUUCCUGAGAUUAAGAUACAUCCAUGGGUGACACUUGAUGGUAGAAUUCACCUACUUAGUGAGUCUGAUAACUGUACACUGGUAGAAGUUACAGAUGAAGAAAUCAGCAACUCAGUUAGACAUCUACCAAAGAUAGAGACUGUGAUUUUAGUGAAGAGCAUGUUAAAACAGAAAUCUUUUUGUAAUCCAUACAAAUCAGAAGAGAAGAAAAAAAAAUAUAAAGAAAGUGGACGGUCAAUAUCCUCACCGGCUGCAUUUCAUGAGUAA